AUGGGGCGUGUAGCUGUAAUUGGAGAAGGUGUUAUCGGUACAUCCACGGCUUUAGCUCUCAAAAGAAUUCGACCAAAUAUAGAGAUAACCAUUUUCCACGACCGACCAUUCGAGAAAAUAUGUUCAGCCAUGCCGGCAGGACUCUUCAGAUUUGAUAAUAUUAAUGACAGAGCUGAUGCUAAGGUAACCUUCGAUUGGUACGCUGAUCUGUGUCGACGCCUCGCAGGCACCGUUACCGGUGUCAAACUUCUAUCUGGUCAUAUACAGUCGGAUUCGAAAGAAGCGUUGGAAGGACAGAAAAAAGCGUAUGGAGAUAUCGUUUAUAAUUUCCGCUACAUGAGCGACAAAGAGCGAGAAAGUUUGUUCGUAGAGCCAUCGAAAUAUGCCAUUCAUUUUUCCUCCUAUGCAGCUGAAGGGAAUCAAUAUGUACCUUUUCUAAAGAAACAAUUGGUUGACCAAGGAGUUGUUUUCAAGCAACGAGCAAUUAACAGCGUAGAAGAGCUUGCUGAUGACGGUUAUGAUAUCGUCAUCAAUUGUGCGGGAUUAAAUGCCGGAAAACUUGCUGGCGAUGAUACUAGUGUAUAUCCGAUACGUGGAGUUGUAUUUGAGGUUCACGCGCCAUGGCAUAAACAUUUCAACUAUCGAGAUUUUUGUACAUUCACUAUUCCUAAAAAUAAUAGUGUUGUAGUUGGAUCAGUGAAGCAAGUGAACCGUUCUGACAUGAGAGUAACGGAAGAAGACAGAAAUGACAUUUGGCGACGUUACGAGGAGCUACAUCCAGCUAUGAAGGAUGCUAGGAUACUAGGUGAAUGGUGUCAUCUACGACCUGCACGUGAAAGCAUACGUGUGGAGAGUGUUGCGAAGCGAAAGCAGAGCGGAGCGACAUAUACGGUUGUUCACAAUUAUGGCCAUGGGGGUCAUGGAUUCACUGUCGGUUGGGGAACAGCUGUUCGAGCUGCCACUUUGGUAGAUAUAGCUCUUGGAAGAUCGAGACUUUAG